GAUGUCUGCCUGGCCCCAGGCGGAUGAGGGUGCCACUCGCUCCCAGACUUCAGGAGGGAUGCCCACGAGGGUUUCUCCCUUCUCUAGAAAUGGGGUGGCCGUUUCUUUCUCUUGCACCGCUCCACACGGGAGACAGAUGGCAAGGGUGGAUGGGAGACAGAUGCACCUGGUGCGGUUCCAAACGUGGGGUUCUAAUUUUUAACAAAACUUAAACAGACACAAAGCAGGGGUAUUGAAUGUGAGAGGGGUGUGAGAGAACAGUCUCAAGGAAGUGCUUUCUCUGGCCUGGAGCACAUAGCACACCCUUGGGAAUGGAUAUGUAUCUGCUAUAAGUUUUCUUUAAUUCAGGAGCAAUUUGCUUAACAGAAUUCUACAGUGGUCGUGUUGUUUUCCUCCUAUGUUUGGCUCCUACCAGGUAAUUGGUGUGGGAAGCAGUGCUCUGAAUGGGGUGUGGAGAGUCUGGUUCUUGGCCUUUGUAUGAAGACUCAUUUGUGUCAUAGACUUUGAAGAGUGCCAAGUGGGAGCUCUUUGAAAAGCUCUUAGUAACUUUUUGUGAGGAAUCAACUGGUUAAAACGUUGAGCAUUAUGCGGGACUGCUUUAGAUCCUGAUUCUUCUCCCACCCUCUCCCCACACACGUACUCCUCCGGAAGAAAGUAAUAGAACAAGUCAAAUGACAGUUACGGAGGUUCAGAGGUGUUUGGUUCUUCCCUUUAUGAAAUAAUCCCUUCAUUCUGAGAUACCAAGUCAGUGGUUUCAGAGAGACUUUUGAGACUUCUUUGAGGAAAAAUGUGACACUUCAUAUGUAUGUUUGCUUGCUGUCAAAGGUUUCAAACUGCUUGUCUGUGUCACAGCUAUUUCAGAGCCAUGAUAUCUGAAGUUUAGGAGCAAACCAGAAGGCUCAGGAGUGCUUGUGUGUGAAUUUUUUCUUCAAGAGAACUGUAGAAGAUUUCAGUAAUAUUUUACGAGCCACCACCAAAUGGAACACAAGUUAAAUUAAACCUAGAGGAAGCUGAUGACAUCUGAAAGAGGGGAAAGUGGGGCAGCUGUGCUCCCUUGCUUUCUGUCUGACCUACUGGGAGUACAGGUUGGAGUAUGUUUUGCUACUUAGCAGGAAACUGAAAUUCAGGCACAAGUUAUUGUAAACUCAAAGUGUGAAUAUGGGUGAAAAGAAACCGGAGCCUCUGGAUUUCGUAAAAGAUUUUCAGGAAUAUCUUACUCAACAGACACACCAUGUAAAUAUGAUUUCUGGAUCUGUCAGUGGAGACAAUGAUGCAGAUGCCCUUCAGGGAGCUGGGGCAGAUGGUGAUCAGAAUGGACUAGAUCAUCCUUCUGUUGAAGUUUCACUGGAUGAAAACUCAGGAAUGUUAGUGGAUGGGUUUGAAAGGACAUUUGAUGGAAAGCUGAAGUGUCGAUAUUGCAACUAUGCCAGCAAAGGAACAGCACGGCUUAUAGAGCAUAUCAGAAUUCACACAGGUGAAAAGCCACACAGAUGCCAUCUAUGUCCAUUUGCAUCAGCCUAUGAACGUCAUCUGGAAGCGCACAUGCGAUCACAUACUGGUGAAAAACCAUAUAAAUGCGAAUUGUGUUCCUUCCGCUGCAGUGACAGAAGUAACCUGUCUCAUCAUCGUAGACGCAAGCAUAAAAUGGUACCUAUAAAAGGUACUAGGUCUUCCCUAAGCAGCAAGAAAAUGUGGGGGGUUUUGCAGAAGAAGACCAGCAAUCUGGGAUACAGCAGAAGAUCAUUAAUUAAUUUGAGCCCGCCUUCCAUGGUGGUUCAGAAACCAGACUACCUUAAUGAUUUCACCCAUGAAAUCCCAAAUAUUCAGACUGAAGCAUAUGAAAGCAUGACAAAAACAACACAGACUGGUGGCCUGCCGAGAGAUCCACAAGACCUUAAGAUAGACAAUCCAUUAAAUCAGCUAUCAACAUUAGCAGGACAGUUGUCUAGCUUGCCACCUGAAACCCAAAACCCAGCAUCUCCUGAUGUUGUACCAUGCCAAGAUGAAAAGCCUUUUAUAAUACAGCAGCCUGCUGCACCAGCAGUAGUUUCAUCUGUGUCAACAAAUAUUCCUCAAAGUUCAUCUCCUACUAGCCCAGAUCCUCGGCCCCCACACAGUCAAAGGAACUACAGUCCAGUGGCAGGUCCAAGCAGUGAUCGCAGCGUCCAUACUAGUACUCCUAGCAUAAGUAACAGUCAGCCAAGUACUCCAGCUCCAACCCUUCCAGUUCAGGAUCCUCAGCUUCUGCAUCACUGCCAGCACUGUGACAUGUAUUUUGCAGACAAUAUCCUUUAUACUAUUCACAUGGGAUGUCAUGGGUUUGAAAAUCCGUUUCAGUGCAACAUAUGUGGGUGCAAAUGUAAAAAUAAGUAUGACUUUGCUUGCCAUUUUGCAAGAGGUCAACAUAACCAACAUUGACUGACAACGUGCUUUCAUUUAGUUUUUUUAACAUAUGUUUUAUACUUGCUGAAGGAGACCUUGCUCAUCCCCAACAAGAAGUCCAAUAAACAACUUGACAAUGGAGGCAAAAUUCUUUCCAUGUUGUCAUAUAAUAUGCCAGGGAUGUUUGAGUCAUGGAGGUGGUAGUUUUUUGUCACUGUUUAAAAUAAAAAGUUAUGAGGA